GACCGAUAAUAUAUCCUUUUGGCUGAAGAAAGAGCUAGCAAGGAAGCAAACUGUUAAAUAAUACUCACGAAGUUAAAAGGCGGAAAUGUCUGUACAUUCAGACACCCAGACAGCUGAGUGACUUGGCCAAAGUUACAGCUGAAGUAGAUAUUUUGCAGAGACUGCGAGUCUUACAAAGGAAUGAGCGAUACUUAUCGAGGAAGUCGCCCAAUUGGCUAGCGAAAAAGUAGCUAGCUCAGCUGCUAGCUGUCGUUAGCGAGGGGAGUUCUUUGUUUUGUUUUUCAGGUGGAGGUCCAACUAAACAUGAAGAGAGACUAUUAGUAUUUAACUUUUACUUAGGAGUUUUAUACGGAUAAGCAUGUAAAGAGUGUCCACAGCGGUAGUUAGCUGAACAGUAAGUAAACAGCCAAGGGGGUCAACUUUAGCAGCAAAUAUCUGAUUGUUGGCGUGGGUCAGGAAAGGACACGACGACAUGGGUAACUGUCUCAAGUCUCCUACAGCAGACGACAUUUCUCUGCUCCACGAAUCCCAGUCAGACAGGGCUAGUUUCGGUGACGGGACAGACCCGGACCUGGAGCCGCCUCCGCCCUACCAGGAGCAGGCUCACAUGCCCAUGUACCAUCCCACACCCAGUCAGGCUCGUCUGGUCACCCAGCUGACAGAAGAGGAGCAGAUCCGCAUAGCUCAGCGCAUUGGCCUCAUCCAGCACCUCCCUAAGGGUGUUUAUGAUGGAGGGCAAGACGGCUCAGAGAAGAAGAUCAGAGAAUGCGUGAUCUGUAUGCUGGACUUUGUUUAUGGGGACCCCAUCCGGUUCUUGCCAUGUAUGCACAUCUACCACAUGGACUGUAUAGAUGAUUGGCUUAUGAGAUCCUUCACCUGCCCCUCCUGCAUGGAGCCUGUGGAUGCUGCCCUGCUCUCCACCUACGAGACCAACUGAAUUUUCCAUCCCUUCUUCCCCUGAAUCGAUAUAUCAAACACGACCCCCUCCAGCUCCCAAAACCCAGCAGCUGCCCUCUUAUAGAUCGAGAGGAGCUGAAAGAAAAAAAAAAAAGAAAGUGUUGGCUUUUGUCUUGCACUUUAAAAGUUUCCCACUCACCUAACGUUGGCCUUUCAUACCCCUGGUCUGAUUUCAGAUUGAGCUGGUCUUAAACAUCUGUUACACAAGUCGGUAAGAGACGGGCGUCCCGGCGACCCUGCAUGGUUGUGUUUCUGUGUUUCUGUCAUGCCGAGGCACUCUCCAGCUUUGCCGCUAACAGCGAGCAUGUGGCAUUUGUGUCUAAAAGAGCUGUUUGGUGACUGCGUUUCCACUCGAGCGGGUCUCAGUGGCGUUCUCCCCAUCGGCCAGCACCUUUAUUCAUCACUGAUCACGACUUAAAUGAUUAAUUUGGUAAACAAAUUAUUGAUGAGAAUGCUCGGAUGAUUUGCCAGAUAUGUGUUGGCAACAGUGAACAAGACCUUUCAAACAUAUUGAUCUGUUAAACACAUUAAAGUAGCCCUGCCCUUUGGAUAUGUGGGAAUACAUUGCUGACAUUUACACUGUUGGUGUACAAAAGAAGCCAAACAGGAUUACAAAAAGAAAACACUUUACAGGAGUCACCCAAAGUGUAAAAGUAUACAGUGGUGUACUUUAUUUAUAUCAAAACUACUUCAUAUGUGUCUUUAUCCGUUCCUCUAAAAAUAUAUUUUGAAUUCAAGGGAAAACAAAGUAGAGUUUUGUAAUGUUUGACCAGACGAUGUGUUGUAGCUGACGGCCAGUGUAAAGGGCUCAUUUGUGCAUGGGCAGGCGGAUCAGUCCGUGGAAAUUAGAAGCGCUUGCACACACUCUUCAUCUGAUCCAGAGACUUGCACUUUACUCCUAGGACAUUAUGUAAAACAGUAUAUUAAUAUAUGUACAUUAUAACCUUGCACUAUCAAUACUUCAUUCCUUUUAUCUCCUGAGAUGCAAAAGUUAUAUAGCUGAUAAAGAUGUUUUUAAAGCCGUCAGUAGUCACUUAUCACAUUGAAGUAAUCCUGAACACGCAUUUCAUGAAAUCUGUGAUUCAUAUCCACUUUGUUGUGCAAUUUUUUGAUUGUUCUUUGAUUUUUUUUUUCCUUUGUGUGUGUGUAAUUGAAGGGACAGAGGCUUGCUCAGCUUUAAAGGAAUGGUUUGACAUUAAAGCUUCUUCAAAUUCU